AUGAUCAACCAUGUCCUUCGGAAUUACCUCGAUCAGUUCGUGGUAGUCUAUCUGGACGACAUCUUGAUCUUUUCGAAAACGCCAGAAGAGCAUGAACGGCACGUUCACCAGGUGCUCGCGACCCUAGAGGACGCCCAGCUUCUUGUGGAACCCGGAAAGGCGAAAUGGCAUGCACAGGAAGUCAAAUACCUCGGCUAUUGCAUCAGCCCUGGGAAGAUUGGCAUGGACCCUGAGAAGGUACGAGCCAUACGAGAUUGGCCUCGACCACAGAACGUCAAGGACGCACCAAGCGUCCUUGGAUUCAUGAAUUUCUACCGACGAUUUGUGAAGGGAUACAGUCAAGUAGCGACACCCCUCACACAGCUCACGAAGAAGGAUCAAGCCUUCGAAUAG